UUUUACUUCCUGACUCCAGCAGCAUAGUUGUCAUUGUUAUACAACAGCCUGUUUUUCUUCAAUGAAUCUUUACUACACCCUUUUCUAAAGACUUCAGUAUUUAAAACCAGCAGACAACCGAUAAACAUCAAACAAGUACUGAGCUUCUGUACAAGCAGCACAGAGUAACUGACAGUCAGAGGCGUCUGACAUCUUGUAUUUUUAAGCAGAAGGAGGUUAAAGAGACACUGGUCUAACUCAUGGAUUAUGGGGUGAUCAUCAUUGUGCUCACAGGAGCACUGGUCAAUGUUGCCUCUGCCCAAACUCAUCAGUACUACUUUGAGAGUACACCACUGAACUGGACUGAAGCUCAGAGCUUCUGCAGACAGGUCUACACUGACCUGGCCACCGUAGAAACCAUAUCUGACGUCAGUACCGUACUCAGCACCACACUGAGCUACACAGGCAAAGCUUGGAUAGGUCUCUAUGAUCACAGCUGGAAAUGGUCCCUGAGUAACAGCAGCUUCUAUGGUGAAGCAGACACGGGGUUUAGAAACUGGGCUCCUGGACGUCCCAUCAAUCCUAAUGGUCAACAGAACUGUGUGCUGCUUCUAAACAAUUACUAUUACUAUUACUAUUACUAUUACAAUAACUUCCUUGGAACAUGGUUGGACAUGAAUUGCAACUACCAAUACUUCUCCGUUUGCUACAAUGGUUCAGUAAAUGGCACAUCAUCCUUUGUAAAAGUCGACAAAUAUUUCAAUUGGACUGAUGCUCAGAGAUACUGCAGGGAGAAUUAUGUCGAUCUAGCCAGUAUACGAAAUCUGGCAGAAAAUAACGUCAUCACAAAGCUGGCAGCUGGGGACGCUGUGUGGAUCGGUCUGUACUGGGAACAACUAUGGUCUGAUGGGAGCCCCUCUCUGUUUCAAAACUGGGCCGGUGGGCAACCAGACAGUCCAGAGCAGUGUGUCACCACAAUGUUCAGAAACUCAGGACUGUGGUCAGAUGAUAACUGCUCCCUCUCUUUCCCGUUCAUCUGUUACUCAACAACUCCUCCAAAAACAGAAGACUUCAGAUCAAUAGGACAAAAUGAGACCAGUAUCACUCUGCAGUGGAAUAAAGUGAACAACAACUUCAGCUUUAUUCUCCAGUUUAAUGAUGCAGAGAUCAACAUCACUGCAGCAGAUGGAGAUGGACCAGUAACUCACACAGUCUCAUCUCUCACUGCUGCAACUGAAUACACAUUCACUCUCUUCUCUGUGUUUGAGGACGUCAGAAGCAGUGGAGUAAACAUUACUGCAGUUACCGCUCCUCCAAACGCAGAAAACUUCAGACCAACAAGACAAGAUGUCACCAGUAUCACUCUGCAGUGGAACAAAGUGAACAACAGCGUCAGCUUUAUUCUCCAGUUUAAUGAUGCAGAGAUCGACAUCACUGCACCAGAUGGAGAUGGACCAGUAACUUACACAGUCUCAUCUCUCACUCCUGAAACUAGAUACACAUUCACUCUCUUCUCUGUGUUUGAGAACGUCAGAAGCAGUGGAGUGAGCAUUACUGCAGUUACUGGAAAUCGUCAGUACUACUUUGAGAGUACACCACUGAACUGGACUGCAGCUCAGAGCUUCUGCAGACGGAUCUACACUGACCUGGCCACCAUAGAAACCUAUACUGACGUCAAUUCUGUACUCUACUACAGCUCAUCAGGCUACACAGGCAAGGCUUGGAUAGGCCUCUACGGUGGGGGCUGGAGAUGGUCCCUGAGUAACAGCAGCUUCUAUGGUGAAGGAGAGACAGGGUUAAGAAACUGGGCCCCUGGAUAUCCUGGGUAUGAUUACGGACAACAGAAAUGUGUGAUGCUUCAAAGCCAUUACUAUUACUACUUCAAUUACUACUUCUAUGACUACACUGGAAAGUGGUUGGACGUUGAUUGCAACUACCAAUUCUUCUCUGUGUGCUACAACGGUUCAGUAAAUGGCAAAUCAUCCUUUGUAAAAGUCAACACACCUUUGAAUUGGAUUCAAGCUCAGAGAUACUGCAGGGAGAAUUACGUCGAUCUAGCCAGUGUACGUAAUAUGGGAGAAAAUAAUGCCAUCGCAAAAUUGGCAGCUUCUGACUCUGUGUGGAUCGGUCUGUACUGGGAACAAUUGUGGUCUGAUGGGAGCCCCUCUGUGUUUCAAUACUGGGCCAGUGGGCAACCAGACAGCACAGAGCAGUGUGUCACCACAGUGUUCAGAAACUCAGGAUGGUGGUCAGAUGAUAACUGCUCCCUCACUUUACCGUUCAUCUGUUACUCAACAACUCCUCCAAAAACAGAAGACUUUAGAUCAAUAGGACAAGAUGAGACCAGUAUCACUCUGCAGUGGAACAAAGUGAACAACAGCUUCAGCUUUAUUCUCCAGUUUAAUGAUGCAGAGAUCAACAUCACUGCACCAGAUGGAGAUGGACCAGUAACUUACAGAGUCUCAUCUCUCACUGCUGCAACUACAUACACAUUCACUCUCUUCUCUGUGUUUGAGAACAUCAGAAGCAGUGGAGUAAACAUUACUGCAGUUACCGCUCCUCCAAACGCAGAAGACUUCAUUUCAAUAGGACAAGAUGAGACCAGAAUCACUCUGCAGUGGAAUAAAGUGAACAACAGCUUCAGCUUUAUUCUCCAGUUUAAUGAUGCAGAGAUCAACAUCACUGCACCAGAUGGAGAUGGACCAGUAACUUACACAGUCUCAUCUCUCACUGCUGGAACUGAAUACACAUUCACUCUCUACUCUGUGUUUGAGAACGCCAGAAGCAGUGGAGUGAGCAUCACUGGAGUCACUAGAACUCGUCAGUUUUACUUUGAGGCUACGCCACUGAACUGGACUGAAGCUCAGAGCUUCUGCAGACGGGUCUACACUGACCUGGCCACCAUAAGAAGUCAUGCUGAAGUCUAUGCUAUACUCAGCACCACACCGAGCUACAGAGGCAAGGCUUGGAUAGGCCUCUAUGGUGACAACUGGAGAUGGUCCCUGAGUGACAGCAGCUUCUAUGGUGAAGGAGACACAGGGUUUAGAAACUGGGCUCCUGGACAUCCCUACCUUGCUAUUGGACAGAACUGUGUGCUGCUCAAAGAUUAUAUAUAUUUCUAUGGCUACAGUGGAAAAUGGGUGGACGUUAAUUGCAACGACCACUUCAACUUUGUGUGCUACAACGGUUCAGUAAAUGGCACGUUAUCCUUUGUAAAAGUCGACACACCUUUGAAUUGGACUGAAGCUCAGAGAUACUGCAGGGAGAAUUACGUCGAUCUAGCCAGUAUACGAAAUCGGGCAGAAAAUGACAUCAUCACAAACCUGGCUACUGGGGACUCUGUGUGGAUCGGUCUGCACCAGGAACAACUGUGGUCUGAUAGGAGCCCCUCUAUGUUUCAAAAUUGGGCCAAUGGGCAACCAGACAGUCCAGAGCAGUGUGUCACCACAGUGUUCAGAAACUCAGGACGGUGGUCAGAUGAUAACUGCUCCCUCAUUUUACCGUUCAUCUGUUACUCAACAACUCCUCCAAACGCAGAAGACUUCAGACCAAUAAGACAAGAUGAGACCAGUAUCACUCUGCAGUGGAAUAAAGUGAACAACAGCAUCAGCUUUAUUCUCCAGUUUAAUGGUGCAGAGAUCAACAUCCCUGCACCAAAUAAUUAUUAUGGACCAGUAACUCACACAGUCUCAUCUCUCACUGCUGCAACUGAAUACACAUUCACUCUCUUCUCUGUGUUUGAGAACUUCAGAAGCAGCGGAGUAAACAUUACUGCAGUUACCGCUCCUCCAAACGCAAAACAAUUCAGAUCAAUAGGACAAGAUGUCACCAGUAUCACUCUGCAGUGGAACAAAGUGAACAACAACAUCAGCUUUAUUCUCCAGUUUAAUGAUGCAGAGAUCAGCAUCACUGCACCAGAUGGAGAUGGACCAGUAACUUACACAGUCUCAUCUCUCACUGCUAGAACUAGAUACACAUUCACUCUCUACUCUGUGUUUGAGAACAUCUUAAGCAGUGGAGUGAGCGUUACUGCAGCCACUGGCCCUAAUUAUGUUCUUGCCAUGAACGUGGAAUUGGAGUCGUUUUCUCAGCUGUCGGACUCGGAACUGCAGAGUGCACUAACUGCUCUCUUCAACCAAUACAGACUGUCACCAGAGUUAUCUAUGAAAGUGUUGAGACGUGAGCUCAGAAACGACAAGAUGAACUGAAGAAGAAUGGAUCUGCAAUGCAACAUUUUGGAACUUUUUUUCACGUUAAUUAGAAUUUUCACAAUUUGAUUUGCUUUCCUUGAAGCAAAUGAAAAAAACUUAUUGAUAGGAAAGAUUUCUCAUCAGCUUCCAGUGAAAUGUAGUUUGACCUCAAUAUUCUGCUUACUUAUACUAGUACUACUUAAUACUUCUAGUGCUAUGAGGAUCUCUUUGUUGUAUGUAUUGCUUAAAGAUUCCCUCCAGAAAUGUUUUAGACAUAAACAUAUAAAAAGACAUAUAAAAACAUUCUUCCAACUUGU